AUGAUAUUUUUUUGAAUAUUUCAUGGCGGUUGCAUCGUCAAGUUGUUUUGAUUGGAUUAAAUUAAAUUAAUUUAGUUUAUUAAAGAAAAUACCUACCCACUACGCGUAUUUAACAAAUAAUGCUGUAAAAGGAAAUACCAAAUAAUAAAUAUGGAUUCUAAUGAUUGGAAAAAAGUGGAAAAUGAAGCCGGAUAUCCAAUUUAUGUGAGUGUGGCUUCUGGUGUCCAACAAUAUAACCAUCCACAGUUUGAGAGCAUUAUAGACAGUCUCAAGCAAUAUCAGGGCAUCAAGGACAACCUUUACCGCAUCGCUUGCAAAGUACAUGCUCUGCAGAAACAAUUACGAGUACCACCAGUUCGCAUAACAUCAGGAGUGUUUGCGAGGCACCAGCUCAGCCUGUCAGAGAGCAGUCUCUCCCUGGACGCUACAGAGCUGGAGGCGGUGCUUGCAGACAUAUACUUUGCUGCGGAGAAGGAGGGCUUAUUCACUGGAGAUAUUGAUCUUGCUGUGGAUCUCGUCAUUAAUUUAAUGCUCAAUGUUUAUGAUAGAGACCGAAAAGAACCUAUUCGAGUGCUCGCAGCCAAGAGCUUACUAAUAAUUCUGAGUGAAGAGUCCUGUGCAGACAAAUGGCUAGCUCUGGCCAACUGUGCGGCAGACCACAACGGAUGCGUGUCUCCGAAGAGGCUCGGGCUACUGCUGGGGUGUGCCACCUCACUGUGCAAUUAUCUGGGUGAUGACUGGAAUACUGUGGACGCUGAUGUUGAAGCAUGUUUUGCUAGGAGCUCCGGUAUGCUGGGCCUGACGUCCCGCUUCGUCGCUGAUUGGGCGGCGGCAAACUGCGCGAGCGCUCGUUGGCUGGCCGUGGUGCAGCGGCUGCAGCAUAGCCGCGUGCAAGCCACUAUUGGCGAAAUGUGCUCCGCUUGCCGGAAACCUGUUAUACAGAUGCUAACAUUCAAAUGCGCAAAGUGCAAAGAUGUGUAUUUGUGUGAAAAAUGCUACUUAUACGAUGUGGACCUGUCUGCUAUUAAUGGACACAAGAAGACACACACUGUUGACGAAAUUUUAAGUACAGAGGCACAGCCAUCAGAAUGCCUAAGCUUCAUGAAAGGGAUGCGACGAUUCUUUUUCUGCACGAAAACGAAGAAGAAAAAGACGAUAAAGAGUAGCUCUAAGAAAUCUACCAGUACGGAGAAAGGGACAGAGAAUACAGCUUGUGAUAAGAAGAAGAAGGAUGGGCGACCGGCCAUAUUCACGUCCACUGUCGGCAAAGCGUCGGGGAAUAAUAAGAAUAAUCCGACGGUUAUGCUGCAGGAUAUUAUUGCUCAGCUGGAAAGUCAACAUAAAGUAUGGAAAAACCUGACGGAGCAGCUACAAUCAUCAGGCCAAGAGGACAAGGAGGCGCUGAAGACACAAGUGGACGCGCAGUGGAGCCACAUCACCACGCAGAUCAACCGGCUCAAGCUGCUGCAGGAAAACAUAGCUCUAACAUCACCGUCAGAAACCACAGAACAGCCGAACGAAAAACCCGAUCGCAUCCAAGCCUUCGACCUAUUCAGCCCAAUCGCGGCCGUAGACGAAGAGAAGCAAUCAAGAAUCACAGAUAACCCUAAAACCCAGCCCAGAGUGCUGAGUCUAGAUUCUGGAAACUUCUCUGUAGUGUCCAAACAGACGAGCGAUAGAGAAGAGUCGAACAACUUGUUGACGGUCACCAGUGAUGGGUUGAAGCCGGUGGCAUCGCAUGCGACGUCUGAUAGCAUCUCGACCGUGUCUAUGAAUGAUAUUAGUAAUUGGUAUAAUGAAACCCACCACAAGCCCGCCGACUUCCCGUCGCAUUCCCUCUGCAUAUCGGAACAGAAGUUCGACUCAGACUUACGGGCGGUGGCGAGCAGCAACGACAAGAUGCGCGAGCUCAACCACGACCUGGACGCCGUGCUGGACCGCCUGCACGCCGCGCUCGCGAGGAACAUCACUGUGGACGACUCGUGCUUCGACAACAGCCAGCUCCGCGAGACGGCCACGGAGAUGGAGGGGCUGCUCGGCUCGCUCAUACGCGGCGUCGAGCAGCGAGCCACCCUCAACCACAACAAGGGAAUGGUGUGAGUCUGUAGACUGCAUGGUAAAGAGGCAUCGAAGUAGAAAAAAUGGCGGACGGAAUCUCACUAACUAAAAAAUGAG